AUUUGUUGUUGUCGUCGAUGGGGUAGGCUAAGCUGCAAAGUGCUCGGGUUGGAAGGUUGUGCGGGGAAAGGCUUGUGUAAAGACGUUUCGCAAUGGAAGUGUAUGUAGUGAAUGACGCUUCAAAUUGUUAUGUAUCAUGUCUUUGACGUGACUAUAUUCAUAUUAGUGCUAGAAGUGAAACUUUGUUUUUGCAUCUUACAGAGGAAUAGGCCAUCAGGUCUGUGGCCUCUAGUUCGUGACCGCGAGUGACCCGUCAAUCUAUGGGUCAAGGUAGACGUCAGGAUUUCGGUGUUUAUUUUGAAAAAUAAUAGCGGUCAACCUGGCUGGCUGUCCUGGUGUGGGGGAUGACCCCGCGACGAUGUUGGAUUGGGAGGAAGCGGAUAGAUUUUCUUUUGAAGAUUCGGAUAGGUUUGAAGAAGAUUCUCUGUGCAGUUGGAGCAGUGAACCUGAAUCUUUGUGUAACAACUGGAGAGGAUGGAAACGGCCAAUUCUAGGAUCUGGUACUUUUGGACCGUCGAAAAGAUCAGCAGAAGAAUGUGGGAUCCAGGUGCCGUCACUGGGUGAACUGACGGCACGGUGUGUUGCAGCGCACAUACCGUUUGAACUGGUGGAGCAUGUGUAUCCUCCAGUGCCUGAACAGCUACAGCUUAGAAUCGCAUUUUGGAGCUUCCCGGACAAUGAGGAGGACAUCCGUCUAUACUCUUGUCUGGCCAAUGGUAGUGCAGAUGAAUUCCAACGGGGAGAACACCUCUUCAAGAAUCGGGCCGUCAAGGAUCCCCUCCAGAUAGGCUUCCAUCUUAGCGCAAGUGUGUGGCCACCUCCGAGUGUGGGGCAGGUACGUGGACAGUACAACGUGGCGGUGACAUUUGAUCGACGGCGUAUUACAUCCUGUAAUUGCACUUGUUCCUCGACUGCUUACUGGUGUUCACAUGUUGUCGCAGUCUGUUUGCAUAGGAUACAUCAGCCAACUCAGGUUUGCCUGCGAGCACCAGUGAGUGAGUCGCUGUCAAGACUUCAUCGUGAGCAGUUGCAGAAAUUUGCUCAGUAUCUGAUCAGUGAGCUGCCACAGCAGAUUCUACCCACUGCUCAACGUUUACUGGACGAGCUGCUCUCUUCACAGCCCUCUGCCAUCAACACUGUUUGUGGUGCUCCUGAUCCCACAGCUGGAGCCUCUGCCAAUGAUCAGACAUCAUGGUAUUUAGAUGAAAAGACACUCCAUGACAACAUCAAGAAGAUUCUCAUAAAAUUCUGUGUACCAGCUCCCAUUGUGUUCAGUGAUGUGAACUAUUUGAGUGCAGCAGCACCUCCAGCAGCUGCUGAAUGGAGCAAUCUGCUGCGACCACUUCGCGGCAGGGAGCCAGAAGGCAUGUGGAAUCUGUUAUCAAUUGUUCGUGAGAUGUUCAAGAGGAAUGAUCGCAAUGCCAUACCCCUUCUAGAGAUAAUUACUGAGGAGUGCAUGGCAUGUGAACAGAUUCUGGUUUGGUGGUUCAAUACGAAGGUGGCUCUGCAUAACGGGAGCUCUGGACAUGGCGGGGGGAAGCAUAGCAAUGUGAACAGCAAUAGUCAUACAUCACAACAUGCAUGCUCUUCUCUGUGUGAUGAGAUUGUGGUAUUGUGGCGGUUAGCAGCUCUGAACCCUGGUAUUUCUCCUGAAGAGAGGGAACUUCUUCAUGGUCAAUUUAGGGAUUGGCACAUCAAAAUUGUUGAGAAGGUGACCAAGAGUCGUGGGGGUGGAGUGUCGAACAGCCAGUCAUUAACAAGUAGCAGUGCUGGAGGAAAUGGCUGUGGUACCAACAUAAAAAACGUGAACAUUUUUCGUAAUGAUGUGGAAGUGUUCACGGGAUUCAAGCCAGCAAUUGAGGCAUGCUACAUGGAUUGGGAUGAUUACCCCCUCCCUGGCAUAACAUACACCAGUGGGGUUAAUCGUCUCUACCAUUGUCCCUUCACUUGUUUCCGCCAUGCUGGGGAUUCAACUCGUUCAGAGAAUCUUGUUGUGAAUCAGGUAAUCUCGUCACAGGCCGUUCUGUAUUGUGAGCAUCCAUCGACGACCCAUCAUCAUACACAUCAUCAUCAUCAUUAUCAUCAUUAUCACAACCCACACUUACAUAGUAUAAGUCACAUCCAUAGCAGUCAUCAUGCAGGUGGGAUGAGCAAACGUCCUGCCCGGAUCAGCGAACUUGUUGAGUUUUCAUAUACCCACCAUGACUUAUCGCUCUCUCCCAUCACAUUGAGCGGAGUGCCUGAUCUCAGUAGCAACAGGGACCGGGAUGGAAAUCGGUCCAGUGUCAGUAGUGAAGGUUUCUGUGAAAAUGAUGCAGAUACUGAUAUCUUGAAUGAGAGUGGUGUUCUGAUGGGACCAACACUGCAGGUCAGUAGUGGCGACACUGAUUCGCAGGAAGGGGGUGGCAGUGACUCUGCCAGUAGUAGUGGGGCAAGCACCAGCAUUGGUAGGAUUAUGGAGGAUCCAUGUAAGAAACCACGGGCUGGUUCUGGCUCUGUUUCUGUGAGAAACUCUCUUCUGAAAUCCAUGGCCAGUACAGAAAGUCAGAGUGAAGAUAGUGACAGCAACUACAGAAGAAAAAUCGGUGGUAAUAAAAUGUGCAUGAACUUCAAUACUAUUCCCCCAGGAGGUGUUCCAUCUGUUUUGGAUGAUAUUGGUUGUUUCUGUGAUCCCUCUCCCGACACUUCAAGAUCAUUCCUCAAUGCACGCACUUCAAAAAGUGCUUCUACUAAUUUUCGCAUGUCUACACCACAGUCAUCAACUUCAGUGUCCCAAAGAAAGCUACAGCUGCAAUCCCCAAGCUUGUCAUCACCAUCAGUGUCUCAACCAGAAGUACUGGAUGCAGAUUCAGAUGUUUCUGGAGGUGGAGGGACCCCUCCAGAAGAUUCAGAAGCCUCCCGUCGACCGUCCAAAGAUGAAUCUUUAUCAUCCUCAAACUCUGAUUCACAACAGUCAGGAGAUGAGUACAACGUGUACUACUAUGACCCUAAAGCUCUUCUCUCACACAGUAACAGUGGAGGUGUGAGUAAUGUAGGAGGCAAUUGUUGUGCAGUUGGCAACACUGGUGGAAAUAAUGGCGGCACAGAGAGAAAGUUUUUAUCGAAACGAGAAGAGCAGAACCCUCUCUCACCAUCUACUGUAUUUGCUAACCUGAGAAAGACGGAGGACGUCUGGGACGUCUUGUUUGCUAGAGCUGAAGGCCUUCACGCACAUGGUCAUGGCAAGGAGGCCUGUACGCUGGGAGUCAGGCUAGCAAAGGAACUGUUGGCCAGUCCUCCAGAUCUCAUGGUUGAGCUGCCACCACUUCCUUCCAAGGGCAAGAGGAAGAAGCAAAUGAAUCCAGCAUCACGCCAGCUGAGCUGCUUGGCAUCUGCUACUCUUGCCAAGUGUGCAUUUCUUUGUACAGUAUUGGCUGAGAACCUGGAACACUUUCAUCUUGCAUUUUGUGUUGGAAUGUUUGGCCUUGAGAUGGCUCGUCCCCCUGCCAGUACCAAACCACUUGAGGUGAAAUUGGCAAAUCAGGAGUCUGAACUUGUGAACUUGCUAAAGCGCAUUCCCCUUGGGAAUUGGGAAAUGAAGAUGAUCCGAGAACGGGCCGAACAGUUGAAGGACGGGACAUUGCGCUCAAGGGGUGAAGCUCUGCUCCCUAUUAUGCUUGCCAGCUUUAUCUUUGAUGUUCUUGUGAUACCAGCAACAGUUGGUCGUGAGCCAAAAUGUCAGCUCCUGAAUCUAGCAUUAAGGUUACCAACUGAUGAAGCCCUAGGAUUUGAGGCUGCAGUAGCAGCAUUAGGAUUGAAAGCUAAUGUCUCUGAGGCUGAUCAUCCAUUACUAUGUGAAGGAACUAGAAGACAGAGGGGAGAUCUAGCAAUUGCAUUGCUGGUGCACUAUAAGGAUGACCCUGGCAAGGUGGCUCGUAUUAUGGAGAAACUACUUGACAGGGAGGUGCAUCAGCUCCUCAAAACACCAAUUGUCAGUUCCAUGUAUUCCAGCAACCCUUCCACCAAGAGCCAGCUGUCCAGUUGUCGAAGGAAGGAAGAAGUCUCUAGCAGUGAGGCUGUGUCUUCUCCCAUGGUCAGUGCUAUGGGAUCUUCAUCCGAUCCAGUCAUGGCCGAGAACACUGCCAUGUCAGUGGGUCCAAGUAGCCGUCCACAUAGCUCAACCAGUGCUGAGGUGGAACAGGGUUUGGCCACCCUGUCCCUCAGUAGUCCAACAGCUGCAGCCACCGCAGGGCCCCCUAACACUGUGCAACAAGUGACGUCCACACGCACCAAAGAGGCAACUAGAUUCAAAGGUAAACGAGUGUACCCAUCGAUACCAAACCAACCAUCAGAAGCAGGCGCACACUUCAUGUUUGAGCUAGCAAAAACUGUGCUGACAAAGGCUGGGGGAAAUAGCAGCACAUCACUGUUCACUCAGGCAUCAACAUCACAGAAUCACCACGGUCCUCACCGUGCACUCCACAUCUGUGCCUUCCAGAUCGGACUUUAUGCUCUCGGUCUCCACAAUUGUGUCAGUCCAAACUGGCUCAGUCGCACGUACUCAUCACAUGUGUCCUGGAUCACAGGUCAGGCAAUGGAGAUUGGAGCUCCAGCUAUCUCCUUCCUGAUUGAGACCUGGGAAGGACAUUUGACUCCACCUGAAGCAGUGAGCAUAGCAGACAGGGCUUCCCGAUGCUGUGACCUUAAUAUUGUUCGAGCUGCAGCAGAACUGGCACUGUCCUGCUUACCCCAUUCUCAUGCCCUCAAUCCAAAUGAAAUCCAGAGGGCUAUCUUGCAGUGCAAGGAGCAGAGUGACCUUAUGCUGGAACAUUCCUGCCUCACUGUGGAGAAUGCCGCAAAGGGAGGAGGUGUUUAUCCAGAAGUGUUGUUUCAAGUGGCCAAGUACUGGUAUGAGCUGUACAUGAGGCAUACACCUGGAGGUGGAGAUCAGCCUACAGAAAAUGAGAUGCCCCAUGAAUCCUUAAGUCUAGACACAAACAGUGGGGCUCUUGUUACAAUGGUGGAACCCACUCCACCAUCUAUAGAAAUGUCUCAGCAGUUGCCCACAGGCUUGGUUUCUCCCAGCACAGGUGUUCUACAAGGAAACCUUGCAGGCACGCCGGGCGCCCAGUCUGUGGUUGUGACGACAACUCCGCCACCCCCAUACCCGCAACAUCCUUCGGUCACGACGUUGGCACCACUUGGUGUUGGUAUGAGUGUUCCAUACACAGUCAGUCCAUACAGCUUUGCAGUUCAAGGUCUACAUCCUCACCCUCAUCACCAUCCACACUUUGGGAGUCCACUAAAUCAUCAUCCCCACACAGUGACACUCCCUCCCCCACCUCAUCUGCAGAUGUAUCUUUCCCCACCUGCAUUCCAAUAUCCACCUCAUGCUGCCAAUCAACAGGCAGCUUAUGCUAACCUUCCUCCCAAUGCAGGAGGUCCAGGCUUGCCACCCAAUCUACAGUAUUAUGGUACUGCUGUAACACUUGCUCCAACCACUUCAACUGCUGUUGGGAUGAGAGCUGCAGCCGUAGUGGCAAAUACAAAUGGAGCUGCACCUCCACACCACCAUGUAUAUCCAAUUACAGCCGCCACAAUCCAGCAAGGAGGAACUUUACAGGUACACAGACAACAGCCACAGCAGUUUAACCAGACACAGUUACGAUACUUGCUGGCAGCAUACAGAGUUGGUAUGUUGGCCCUGGAAACCUUGGCUAGAAGAGUACAUGACGAUCGGCCACAAGCCAAGUAUGCGCGUAACCCACCUUAUGGUGAAGAUGUUAAGUGGCUUCUCCGGGUCGCUAAGAAGCUAGGCACGCAGUAUCUUCAUCAGUUCUGUGUUUGUGCGGUAAACAGCGUAGUUAGCCCUUUUGUCCUGCAUGAUGUGGCAUUGGAAGCAGCACACUAUCUGUCUCGCAACAAUCCUGGCCUCAUCAUGCAGCACUUACGCUCAGCACUUACCCCACUUGUGCAGAAGUGCCAGCAAAUGUACAUCCAAUGUAUGCACCAGAAACUAUAUCACCUUACCACAGCUGAUUAUGAGGACUUUGUGAACAUUGUUUGCUCCGCACGAGCGGCAUUUCAAAUCACCCCCGAGGGGAACACCCAGUUUAAAGAAUGGCUGCAAUCAAUUCGCAGGUCCAAAUCAUGCAAAAAGGAUCUGUGGGCACAAAUCAAUGCAGCACUCCAAGCAAACAGCAAAUGACAAAGGCCAGAUUUAGGUGCCUUUCAUUGUAGUGGUGCUAGUAGUGGGAUCGGGGGUAGUAAUAAUAACAGCAACAAUUUGACAAGAUCCUUGGCAACCAUGGGUGAUGAAGCCCCUGCAGAUUUACAAGCAGCAGAUGCAUCCACAUCCAACACCACAACCAGGUUUGUCUCAAAGAAUGGACAGAUGGCAGCAGACAGUAAGGGAAUAUGUCUCACUGCUGCCAGGUCAAAUGUUGCAAUCGUGGAUCAAAACCACAUCUCCAUGGUGGGUGGUAGCCACUGGGAUAAAAAAGACUUCCAAGCAGAAAUUGCUUAUAAUGUGACAGGAUGUGAAACAAGAGCUGUGGUUGAAAGACACCCAGUGGGUACAUACACUAUUGACUCCCUGACAAUGGGAGACAGGCAUGUGGUUGAUUCCAGAGUACACCCUCUUGACAGGAGAAUUCUUGCUGCUGAGAAUGAAAUUAUGGGGGGAAGGUUUCCUAUGAAGAGUAGAUGCGUAACUGAACAGUGGCCCAUUGAAAACAUAAUGGAUAAUAGGCUCAUGGGGCGAAGACACCCAGUCAGUAAAGUAAUACCGAUUCCAGAAAGGUAUACCGUUGAAGCAUUGGGUAUUAGUGAGAGGAACCACAUUGGCACUAGGUCUGUAGGUGAGAGGCAGUUCCUGGAGAGCAAAUUUGUUACAGAAGUAAAUUCUGCAGGUCAUAAAGGUUUUGCAGAAAGGUACCAUGUUGAUUCUAGAGUUCUUAGAGAAAGACAUUCUGUUGAUUCAAGGUCCUUAAUAGCAGAACCUAGAACCAUUAGAGACUGUUACUCUGUUGAUGCUAGAGUCAUGCAAGGUAGACACCUUGUUGAUUCUGGGCUCAGAGGUGAUGGAUCUAAAAAUGCAGUAGAGGGUUGUUCAGUUGAUUCUAGAAGAUUUUCUGCAGAUUCAAGGGUUACUGGAGAAUUGCAGCACAUGGAUAGAGAAUGGUGCAAUGCAGAGGUUCCAUCUACCAGAGAGAUUUUUCCCAUUGAUCCUAGAUACACUGUUGGAAUAAGACAUUCCAUUGAUGCCAUGGCUUUGAAUCAAGGACACCCUGUUGAGGCCAGAAAUAUGGGAGAGAGGUAUCCUUUAGGAAGCAGGGUGUUGGUGGAAAGAUACGCAGUAGACCCUAGUGCAACUGGGAACAGGUACACUGUUGAGACUGCAGUUAUGGGAGAAAGGAUUGUGUGGACAGAAGGAGCUAACAAUAUCAGGUGAUUGCAUGCUCCCCUGAUUGUGCCAAUAUUCUGUGACUUCAGGGAUGGAAAUGGUAUCAAGUUCACCCAAACAGUACUGUUACUAUACCCUGCAGAUAACAGGCAUGCUGAUGGUUAUUUGCAUCCACCAGUCACAGAAUAUGCACAAUGAACCCUUGGACUGGGUCUAUAAUAGAUCAGUUUUUAGAUAUUUUUGGUGUAUGUCCUCACUGGACUGUUGUUUCAGCUGCAGCUACACAAGAGAAUGUGCUUUUUCUGCACCUGAUGUAAGUUGAUACCAGAAUUAAAUUCAUGUCGGAAGGUUAAAAAACUUAAUUAUAUUUGCUGGUAUCCGUCAUUUAUUUGACUGUCAGCAAAAGAUGAACACAGGUAAAGGGAGACAAGAAAGGAUUUUAAAAUAAGUCAUUUAACUAUUAUGAUUUGUUUGAAUUAUCGUGCUCUUAAAUGAAAAUCUUGUGGUCUAUUGAGAAUGUGGUAACAAAUCUGUGUUUUGUAAAAUGCAGAGAUUUUCUUUACUAGCUGAGUGGCUAUUAGCUUCUGAAAAAGGACUCUUCUAUGGAAGUACUUUAUACUUGAAGUUGUUGUAACUUAUUUCAGGUUGUUUUACUACAUGCCCGUGGUUCAAAUUCAAUUUUUCAGCAGAUUUCAUCUAGCAGAAUAACCUGAAAACAGUUUCGAGGCUCCUGGAUAUCCAUUAUCCAGACAUUCUGUCCUUUCAUUUCUCCCCACUGAAUUUUAUGAAUAACUUGUUCUUGGGGUAAUCAACUUACAUUAGAAUUUAUAAGAUAGGUGUAUCUGUUUUAUGGAGAUGUGUUGGUUUUACGUUUCUGACAUGAUGAACAACAUUGCAAGAGGAACCAUACUGUUGGUGAAUGGUGCAUCAUGUGUUACAUCCAAGGGGCUGUGGGGUCAAGAUAAAAGUGAUCAUAAUACUUGUUUCACCUUUUCUUCUCUUGUUUUCAUUAUUACCUUAGUUAUAUUUUUGCUAUAAUGUUAUCAGCCCUUUACCUUAGUUUGACUUGAAAUGGAAACUUUGUACAGAACUUAAAGCAAGUGCAUCAGGUAUGGUUCAUUCCACUUGUCUUCAACAUGACAGGUUGCGCCUUCAUCCAGUAAUUUCAGAAUGUCUAGUUUAUAUUUUUAAACAGCAGUUAUCUAUGUAAAUUGAAAGUGUUCUAACCCAUAAAAAAUGUGUGGAUAUUGUUUAGUUUGACUUUUUUCUUGUGUGUUUGUGUGAGUGAGUAAGUAUUUCUGCAGGACAACAAAAUGAUUGCAUGACUGAAGUGUGCAAGUUCGGUUCAGAUCUCAUUAGGAUAUAAAUUUAACAUCUGUAUAUCAGAAAUAUAAGAAAAAUGUAAUGGUUA